AUGGGCGAGGACACUGAGAGCUCCAAAAUCAACCACACCUUCCUGCGAGACUACGUCACUGAAGCUGAUGUCAUCUCUACAGUGGAGUUUAACCAGACAGGGGACCUGCUGGCCACGGGGGAUAAAGGUGGCCGAGUGGUCAUCUUCCAGAGGGAGACCGAGUCCAAAGGGGAGACCGAGGAGUUAGGGGAGACGGGGGACUCCGGGGAGUACAACGUCUACAGCACGUUCCAGAGCCAUGAGCCGGACUUUGACUACCUGAAGAGUCUGGAGAUUGAGGAGAAGAUCAACAAGAUCAGAUGGCUGCCGCAGCAGAACGCAGCACAUUUCCUCCUCUCCACCAAUGAUAAGACCAUUAAACUGUGGAAGGUGAGUGAGAGAGACAAGAGACCAGAGGGAUACAACCUGAAAGAUGAGGAGGGACGGCUGAAGGACAUCUCUACCAUCACCUCUCUGCAGGUGCCAGUGCUCAAACCCACAGAUCUGAUGGUGGAGGUCCGCCCCAGACGAGUGUUCUCCAAUGGACACACUUACCACGUCAACUCCAUCUCAGUCAACAGUGACGGGGAGACAUACCUGUCCGCUGACGACCUCCGCAUCAACAUGUGGCACCUGGGCAUCACGGACCGCAGCUUCAACAUUGUGGACAUCAAACCAGCCAACAUGGAGGAUCUGACGGAGGUGAUAACAUCCGCAGAGUUCCACCCUCACCACUGCCACUUGUUUGUGUACAGCAGCAGCAAGGGCUCGCUGCGCCUCUGUGACAUGAGAUCGUCUGCACUCUGUGACAAACACACCAAACAGUUUGAGGAACCUGAGGAUCCAGGGAGCCGGUCCUUCUUCUCAGAGAUCAUUUCUUCUGUGUCGGACGUCAAGUUCAGCCACAACGGACGCUAUCUGCUGACCAGAGACUACCUCACCGCCAAGGUGUGGGACCUGAACAUGGACAAGGGCCCAGUGGAGACGUACCAGGUCCACGAAUACCUAAGGAGUAAGCUGUGUUCCCUCUAUGAAAACGACUGCAUCUUCGACAAGUUUGAGUGUGUGUGGAACAGCUCAGACAGCGUGAUCAUGACAGGGGCGUACAACAGCUUCUUCCGGAUGUUCGACCGGGAAACGGGCCGGGGCGUAACCCUGGAGGCGUGGCGGGAAAGCAGCAAGCCUCGGGCCGUGCUGCGGACGCGGCGUGUCUACACCGGUGGCAAGCGGCGCCGUGGCGACGUGGGCGUCGAUAGUCUGGACUUCACAAAGAAAAUCCUGCACAUGGCUUGGCACCCGUCUGAGAACAUCAUCGCCAUAGCAGCCACCAACAACCUGUAUAUCUUCCAGGAUCGCGUCAACCCGGACACACAGUGA